UGGUUUGCACUCUGAAGGAGUUCAACGAGUACAGGAACUACCUGACCAGGCUCAAGCUGCAGUUAGAGAAGAUCUUGAGGCAGCAAGAGGAAGGGCUUCUGCCACUUCAGGAGAAAUUAAAGGAUGGUCCCAAACUGCCAGGACCCACUGACACUUCCCGCCGGCGGAAACGGCGGCUGCAGCCUCAGAAACCCUCUUGCCCAUGUCCACAGAAGAGCAAAGAGACCCCUCUGAAAUCAGGGAGAUUAAGAAGAGUGAAAAUAGCUUCAGACAAGGGCCAAACCUGCUCCAGAGCUGAGCUGGGCACUGCUGCUGACUCCCAGAGGAAGCCGCACAAGGCUGCUCGCUGCCUCUUUAAAGCUGUCCUUAGGCAGCUGACCACAGCAGAAGCCCAGAAGCUCCAAGAACUGGUUGAGACCAUUGUGUACAAAGUGUUUGCAAGACUGAAGGUUCCUCGGAACCAGCGUGUCAACUUCUUAAGGAAUGCUGCCCAGGGGAUCAGAGAAAGCAUUUUCAGCAGCUGCAAGAGAAGAGAGCCUGCAGAGAUGCCUCUAGACCGCCAUCAGAAAAUAGGAAUGGUGGCCAAAGAGCUUUUAGCAAUGGUGUUGGAGGGCUUGGGGUACUGUCUGGAGCCCAAAGCUUCUAAAUCAAGGAGGGCAGCGAGGUGGAAUGAGCAGCCUGUUGAUGGAAGAGCCACCCUAGUGGACAAAUCUGAGGAAGAUGAAGCAGCCUCCUCAGACAGAGCACAUUUACAUGCUUGCCUUGACAAUCUCACCAUUCAAGUUGUUAAGAAUGUUUGCUGCCUCUUGAAAUCCAUGGUAGCUUCUCAGUUUGAAGGAGCCUCCAGCUGCAAGUACACCAAAAUCCCGGAGUUUCCCAGAGGUAGGGUCUAUAGCAGGCAGAUGCAGCCAGGAAUCUCUGGAGCAUCUAAAAGACGGAGCCAGAAAGCAAGAACAGGAGUAAAGCUGCCUGCCCUAGGACCACAGCUCCGAGAAGGGACUGGCUAUGCCAAAAUCAUGAAACCCAAGUAUCCUGCAAUGGUGAAGGAGAGCUUGGUGAGAGAAAGGAACCCAGCAACCUCAGGCAACACUUUGGACAUAAGGACCAUGGCAAAUCGGAUCAUUCACUCUGUGUUAGUAUGGGUUGUUCAGUGUAGGCAUGCACCAAGCCCCGGACAGAAUUUGCAAUGACCUGUCCCAAGCCCAUCCCAAGGAUGAGAGGAGAGCUGUGCUGCUGAGGACACUCUCCCCUCCGUGGACCCGCAGUUUUCCCGACAGCCCUUCCCUCUGGAGGGUCCCCAGCCCCCUGCCCAGACCGGAGCACGGCGCAGAUCAGUGAACCCACAGCUCGUCUGAGGCGGGCGAGGUGUGUGGCAGGAGAGCUGAAGGGCCUCUGAAUGGCAAACCUGACACCCCUGUUCCGUCAAUAAAGAGUUACUCCUAAGGCCUUGCUUGUGCUUCCUCCAAACCAGGCCAAACUGCAUCCGUGUAUUUUCCCUGUCCUCCCAUAUCUUCCCCCUAUAUCUCCUCCCACAAACUACCCAGAGCCCCCAGGAUCACCUACCCUGACUCCCCCAAAUUUCCCUGCCCCCCCGCCAGGUCCUGUAGCCACCCCAAAUCCCUCUAGGAUUCACCCAGGACCCCCGAGCCCCCUCCCCACCUCCAAACACAUAGAGCCACUUAUCCACCAGGGCAGCAAGGCUUGGGGGUCUCUGGGGAGGUUGUGGUGCUCUGGAGGAGGUGACACAGGAGUUUGGGGGGUUCUAAUUCGCUUUAAGUUCACUCUGAGUGGAGAAGUUAAUAUUCAAAACCCUAUUAAGUCUUUGUUCUUCUUUCCUGAGAAGAAGUCCAUGUCCAUUAGCAAAGUUUUCUAAAAUUAAUUAAUUCAGCCAAUUGCAAUGAUCAUGGACCGUGUGUCUUACAGAGGGCACAGACUAAGGGGAGACAUGGACAGGCACAUCAGGAAGUCCCAAGUACCAUCUGUAGAAACCAAGUUCACACUUCAGAAUUUUUAGAAGUUUAAUAAGGGUUAAAAAAGGACAAAUAUCUAGGGCUGGGGUGUUUUUGGCAAUUGGCCAAACAAAACACCUUAACUUAAAAUCGUGUUCUCUAUAUACUGUUACAUUUCUGGGGAUACAUGUAUAUUCAUGGGUUUAUACAUUAUUCAAACAUUAUUUUGAGUUUUUGAUGUUCCAGGAACUCGUUUGGUUUCAACUUCUGACUUGUCUGCAUGACAUUCUGUAGAUUAGGUCAAUAUAUUUUAUUUCUUCUUGUGGCUCCAUCCUGUUGUUUCACACUCCUUGAUAACGAGGAACUAAUAAAUUCUCCUCUGAUGCUCUGGUUUCUGUCACUGUUAUCACUUGGAGAGACCAGUCCACAGAUGUGAGAAACAACAUAAUUGUUUUACACCAUUCUCUGAGUUAGUUAUAUAAAAGAAUUUUAAUGUUACACAGUCUCUACUUUAACCUUUUGCUCAAGUCUACUAUAUAUUUAUCACACUACUAUUUAUAUAAACUAUAUAGUGCAUACAUAAACUGACUAAUUACACUAAAAGCAGUGAAAAGUAUAAAUUGUACCAUAUCAAAACUGUUUUUUGUAUAUAGUUCAAAAUAUGGUGAUUAACAACAUGCAAAAGCUAAUACACGGAAGCGAAAACCAUUAUUAUAUUGUCAUAUAUAACAGCAUCCAAGUACCUUAGCCAAGGGGGAAAGGGAAUUAGGAGAAAAGGAGGCUACUUGCUCCAACUAACUGAGAGACCCCAUUGGACACAAUAUCACCUCAUCUCUCAUAGUCCUAUAAAGUCUUGGUUCUUCUUUCCAAAGUUCAGGAGUUUAGCAUGAACCUGGCUGAGGAGCAGUCUAUGUCAAUUAGUAAAAUUUAUGAAAAAUAUCAACUGAUUUAGCUUGUUGUAAUGAUCAUAGAUCCUGUGUUUUAUGGAGUGUACACACUGAGGGGGCAUGGAUAGGCAGAUUGGGAUGUCCUGAGUACCUUCAGCCAACGGGGAAUGAGGGGAAAAUGCAGCAGGGAAAUGAGGAGAAAAGAAGGCUUCUUGCUCCAAAUAAUCGAGAGAGACCCCACUGGACACACGCCUGAUGGACUCUCUCCCUUUGUUCGAAUCAAGGGACUUUUACAGGACUCCUCUGCUUCCUUUAUGGACACGAACCUCUAGCGAUGUGAAUUUUAUGCUCUGAGGGUGGGGCGCGCUGGAGAUCCUCUACCUGGGGAGGGGGGAGAAUAAACCAGUAUAAACCAGUCCAGACUGGGGAAAAUUCAGAGUCACGAGGGGGCACUGGAAGGCAGGGGAGGGGCGGGAGUGAUGGGCGAGGGGAGGGCGGGGAGAAGCUCCCGCCGAACCCCCCUCAGGGACGGACAAUGGGGGGGCGGUGCCCGCCCAAACUGCGGGCGGGGAAAAGCGCCCUCAGCGAUUGGCUGGGCGGGGCGGGAGCAGUUCCCGCCUCAGCCAAACUCCCCUCAGCGAUUGGCUGGGCGGGGCGGGAGCAGUUCCCGCCUCAGCCAAACUCCCCUCAGCGAUUGGCUGGGCGGGUACUCAGAGUAACCCAAAAAAGCCUGAAAACCUCCUCAGCAUUUCAAUUAAACGGACAAAAAUGGAAUAAAUUUCAAUAAGUAUGAAAUAUUUAAGCCUAUAUUUUAAUUGCAUUUAAACAAUGGACGGUUGAAAAAGUGCAUUGUGUGUUAAAACGUGGCAAAACCAAGAAAAGUCAAAAAUAAAUCUCCAAAAUCCUUCUAAGAAUCCCUCGAAAAUAAGUAAAAUUGAGUAGAAGCAUAAUAAAGAUGAAUAACUACACACUAGUUAAAGUCGUAAGUAAGGUAUAAUUUAAAAAUUGAGAGGUGUAAAAUGGGGCUUGGGGUGUUAAAAACGCCUCAAGAAAGUACCAAAAUCCCCAAGCACCAAAUUCCCCUCGCACCUGGGCUGGCUGUCCCACAGCUCAAGUAGAAGAGUCCUCCAGCAGCUCAGGGGAGCAGCAGCCCUCCUGCUGAUGCACAGAAAUGGGUCAGUGCCCCAAAUGUGUGCUUGGGAAAUCUGAGCUGGGUUCCUAAAUGGUGUCAGAACUCUCUCUAAUAGAGCUCUGGUGGCUGAGGGAUGUACGUGGGAAGGGUUUGCCUGCCACAAACUGGACUUGUUGAUCAUCUGAGCUCUGUUCAGGGGCAGUCCGGGAGCCUGUUCCUUUCCCCUCCCCAAGGGCAGAGUGCUGGUGAGGGUGGAGCUGGAGGCUGUGUCUGCCCCGACAGCCGGUACCGUGGGGCUGCGGAUGCUGCUGCCAGCGUGGGCUUGUCUGAGCCGGGCCUUGUGCCUCUUCCAGGUGUCCCUGCUGCAGUCACAGCUGGCCCGGGACCGACAGCGCCGGCAGAACUACACUGAGAGCUGCUCAAGGACAAGGCAGGAGCUGUCAGACCUCAGCAGGAGCUCUCCUGCUCCUUUGCAGCUCUACUCAAGCUGCUCUUGUGGAACGGAGAUUGAAGCUGCAUUGAUCUCUGAACUGAUGUCACUUGGCAGGGACAUCCUUGGGCCAUCGGUCUCUGCAGAGACAGGCCCUGGAGAAGGCAGGUGCAGCUCUUCUCUUCCACGGAGGAUUUGUGUCCCGCCAGUUCCUGUCAACUGGGACACAGAAGUCCUCUGUAGGACACAGACAAGUGCUAUUGAAAAUGAGGGUAAAAAACACCUGCCAAAGUUUUUCCAAGCCGAUCCAUUUGGUGCUUGAAGGUCUAUUCCUAGUGAGGAAUCUUUGAUGUAAGCAACAAGACUUUUCUUCUGCCUGCAAGACCUAGUGAUAUACUGCCAAACAGAAAGCAGAGAAAGAAAUGCACUCAUGUCUGUCUCAGGAUUCUUAAUCUAUUUUAUGAGCCUUAAACACUGCAGCUCUUGGCAUUUCUCUGCAGGAAUUUCAAAAGCCCCUGAAACACCAUUUUUCCUCCUCAUGUGACUGUUCUAAACACAAGGCUUUAUUUUCCAUGAAUAUAUGUAAGCACCAAAAACGUUUUUAGGCUUUUUCUUACAUCUCCCCUGUGUCAAGGAAGACAGAAGAAUUCCUGUGACUCAGGAACUAAGCGCAUCCCUAAAGAGCUUGCAGGUCUUGAGAAUGCUGAGCCUUAAAACUGGUGCUGUCUAGACCAGACAGUUGGAACUCAUGCUCUGAGCCAGGGCCCUGCCUGGCACGGCUGUGGGGACACGGGGGAGGCAGGGCAGGUGCCAGGGCCAGCAGGAAGCUGGGAUGGGGAGAGCCUGGGAGGGCCAUUCCACCAGCCCCUGGAACGAUGGGCUUUGCACCAUGGCAACCGUCAACAGGCCAUGGAAUGUUGGAAUGCUGGGGUUUGGACCCUGGCAACAAUCGACAGCUCCUGGCUCAUUGGGGUUUGGACCCUGGAGCUGUCAACAGCUCGUGAACAUUGGGGCUCAGACCUUGCAAAGGCCAACGGCACCUUGCUUGUGUGCUAUUGACCUUGUGAAGGCCAAGAGCCUUUGGAGAUUGGGGUUAGACCCUGCAAAGGCCAAGGGCCUUUGGAGAUUGGGGUUAGACCCUGCAAAGGCCAAGAGCCUUUGGAGAUUGGGGUUAGACCCUGCAAAGGCCAAGAGCCUUUGGAAAUUUGGGUUAGACCCUGCAAAGGCCAAGGGCCUUCAAGCACUGGGGUUUAGACCCUGCAAAGGCCAACACCUUUGGAGUUUGGGGUUUAGACCCUGCAAAGGCCAAGAGCCUUUGGGCACUGGGGUUUAGACCCUGCAAAAGCCAACACCUUUGGAGCUUGGGGUUUAGACCCUGCAAAGGCCAAGGGCCUUUGAGCACUGGGGUUUAGACACUGCAAAAGCCAACACCUUUGGAGAUUUGGGUUCAGACCCUACAAAGGCCAACACCUUUGGAGAUUGGGGUUUAGACCCUGCAAAGGCCAAGGGCCUUUGGAGAUUGGGGUUUAGAUCCUGCAAAGGCCAAGAGCCUUUGGGCACUGGGGUUUAGACCCUGCAAAGGCCAAGGGCCUUUGGGCACUGGGGUUUAGACCCUUCAAAAAUCAACGACCUUUGGACACUGGGAUUUGGUCACCAAAGGGGCAGAUGGACACCCGGCGGGGAGCUCGAGGCCUUUCUCACCGGGGACGCUCCUCCAGAUCCCCUGAGGAUCCCUUGGAAUUGGUUCAGGAAGCCACAGAGAAUUGUGGGCGCUUGCAGCAAUAUUUUGAGCAAAUGGCAGAGAAAUACCAAAGACUCAGAAGCCGUCAGCAGCACAUAGACUGUCUGCUAGAAGAAAUCAGAAGUGACUGUGAAAACAUUGAGAAGUCCAAGGAAAAGGUGCAGCAAUUCAUUGGAAUCCCAGAGCCAGGAGCCUUGAGACUGUGCCAGAAGAACACCAAGCAGCAGAAGGAGGAAGCGUCAGCCCAGGCAGAAAAGGCAGAGCAGAAGGACAGGAUGGAGGCAAGUGAGCGUGAAAGGCACCAUGCAGAGAUGCAGGAGACACUGGAACAAUGGGAAAAAGAGAAGGCAGAGAGAGAGCAAGAGCACCAGAAGAUUCUGUCUGAGAUGAGGCAGAAAUUUGCCACCCUGCAGGCCCAAAAAGAAGAGGAACAAACAAGAUUUGAAAAUGCCAAGCGAGAGGUGCUGCUGGAAGAGCAGAAUGAGAGGAGUGCUUUAUCAGAGGCACUGCUCCAGACUCGGGGAGAGCUCAGCCAAGCCUGCCAGCAGAUCCAGCAGCUCAGGCAGGAGUUGAAAGAGCAGCAAGAGAAGGAGCAGACCAUCAAGGCAGAGCUGCAAGCUGAGCUGCAGGAAGCUCGGAGUGAAAUCCAGGCAGCGCAGAGGAGGCACAAGGAAGAGCUGCAAGGCGUCAGGGAGGAAAUGAAUCUCCUCCUUGAGCAGAGGGACGCUGUACAAAAGCAGGUGGGAGAGUUGACAUCUCAGCUGGCAGCCUCCCAAGAGUCCCAGGAAGCGAUCGUCCGGAGAGCACAGAAGGAUGUGAGUGAGGCCCAGGAGCAAUCAAGGCAGAAGCUGUUGGAGGUUGAACAUGUCCAGAGGAUGCUGGAGGAGGCAGAAAAUAAGAACAAGAGGCUGCAAAUGUACCUGCAGAACCUAGGGAGAGCAUGGAGUCAAUGGGAAGGAGUGGCUCAGCAAAAUUCAGAAUUGCAGGCUUCUGUGAAUGUCCUAGAGAGGGAAAAAGCCAGGCUGAUUCUGUCUCUGGAGGAAAAAAACCUGUACCUCAGGAUGCUGGAAGAAAAGAACCUGGAACUGAACAAUCAGGUGUCUCAGUUUCAUUCUGCUCUUCAGAAGAAUGAGCGACUCCGUUCCAAGCAUAGAAGAGAACUGCAGGAGCUCAACAGCCAGACCUGGGCUCUGCUGGUGGCAGUGAUGGAGAAGGCAGCUCGCCAGGAGACUCAACAGAAGCAGCUGGAAACUGAGGUGUCUGAGCUGCGUGUGAGGCUCCAAAGCUCUGAGGAAAGAGCAGAGGCCAUGGCCACACAGUGUAAGGCCGUGGAGCUGGAGCUGAGGAAGAUGCAGGGUCAGAGAGACCAACUAAAUGCCUGCAAACAGGAGCUGCAGAAGAAGUUGGAGGAAAGUGAGCAAGCAAUGUGGAGGGCAGAACACCAGAAGACCACUCUAGAAACUGCCCUGAAGGAGGAGACCAUUGCCCUGCAGGAAGAGGCUGUGACUCUUCGUCAGGAGGUGGCAUCUCUGCAGAGGAAAUUGGAGAGCCUGGAGAAGGAAAGGAAGGAUGUGCUGCAUGAACGGGAAUUGUACCAGCAGCAGAUGAGAUAUCUGGAAAAGAAGAAUGAAAUGCAUGCAGCUGAGAUGAGAAAUCAUGGGGAAAACAGUCAACAAUUGGAAGUGGAGAGGGAAGGCAUGCAGGAAGAGUUAGAGCAUGGGUCUGCUGCUUUGAAGAAAUGGAUAGACAGUGCUCAAGUCCUGAGGGCUGCACUGAACAAGAGUGAGAUGUCCAAAGGGACUCUGAAGAAACAUUUGGACAUCCUGAAGGGAAAGACUUGUAUCCAGCCGGCUUUUGAAGCACAAGUGAAGCAGCUGUUCUGUAUGUCAGACGCCAGCCUGGAAUCUGAGCAACCGGCUGCAUCACCAGAAAAGGAGAAGACAGAGUGGCCUGAAUGGAGCACUGAGCCCAGGAGAACUGGCGAGCAGCCAGCUGCUGGAGCAGAAGGGGAGCAGCUGUCAGAGCACCCCAGGAAGGCCAUGGAGCGUGUGCGGGAUGUGGUUGCAACAUCAGAAGACAAGGCAGAGAAGCAUGAAGCAACCACUGACCCCAGGAGGACUUAUGAGGGACCUGAAGGGAGAAGAAUCAGAAUUUUUAGGAGAGUGUUCUCCCCAGACUACUUUACACUGCCUGUCCACGAGUCUGCCCAGCAAAAUAUGUCAACUUCUGGAAGAAAAGAGUCCUCCAAUAGCUCAGGGGAGCAGCAGCAGCAGUGGAGAAAUGGGUGUCCCUGCUGCAGUCACAGCUGGCCCGGGACCGACAGGACAACCUGGAGAUCUGUGCAGGGAGCAGGCUGGAGACACUCCCACUGCGUCACAGGGUGCAGAAAGGACCACCUUGCUUCCUAAACUUCUCAGAGAGGAGCCAGGGAGCAGCUGGAUGCAGUCUUAGACUUAAUCAAUAGUUGAUGUUUAUAGGAUAGUAUAGGUGUAAUUGAACCUUUAUACAGCUGUGUUCCAUAGGAUGUGGGAUAUAUUUAUAGACUAAUAAAGUGUUUAUUAUGAUCACAAUUAAAUUC